AUGUCUCUCAUUUUCAAUUUUAAUUUCAAAGAUUAUGGAGGAUUGUGGAGUUGUCACUCAAGCGAUGCUUAUUCUACUCCCAUGAAUCCAAUUAAUGGUGGGACAAUAAAAAAGAGUUUGGGACAAGGGAAGAAUAAGAAAACUCAGCCACAACAGCCACAAGUUGAAAUCCAGAAUGAAGUUGCACCUGAGGAUAAUAUUGCAACCCAAGCUGUCCCAAAUUCUUCCACAAGUGGUCUUCCUUCAUUGGAUGAACGAUUGUCUAUAUAUGCAUCUGUGAUGAUACGAAUGGGAAGAAUGAUGGAGGAAUUUGGAAAUGCUCAAAAUGAAAUAAAGGAGUCUCUCAAGGUGAUUGAUAGUAGGUUGGAUAAAAUUGAUAGUAG